GGUUUUGCCGGUUUCUUUCCCACGUAUAAUCAACCGUUAUAUAGCUUGAUAUCAUUUUGGUAGGUUUUAACACAAUUAAAAAAUAAACUGUCAUGCUCAGCAAAACAGGUUUUCCAGUGUGGCAGUGGAAUGCAAUCCCCAUCCAGCCUUCCCAACAUCUCACAGCCUUCAUAGUCGGACAUUUUGUAAUGGGAAACAUGGCUGUGGAGAUACAAGUUAAAAUGUGGGGCCGUUGUACACACACAUGAAUUGCUUGAUUGACAGACAGCCGAUGUACUGAUGAUUGAUUUUGAUGUUGUUAAGGUAAUGGAAAGUAGCUGAGGGAAUGGAUGUAUUUCAGUGUUUUUAAAUUAAAGUUUAUGUGCGGACAGGUGGAGCCAGAGGACGGUAACGUGAAUCAGAAGUCUCUGAGAUUCGGCAGUUUUGAACAGCAUGGAUCAUCUCUGAGUGAACAAAAUGAGAAGACUCCAGACAAUCCAAUUCCACCUCCAUGUCCAUGCAUAGAGAAAAGGGCACUGCCCUCCAGCACAAUUUCACAUUUUAAGCCUGCAAAGGCCUUGAAGUUUGACAUCCCAAAAGAAAAUCUACAAAUCAGCGAUGAAAUGGAAGAUCCGAUAGUGGGUGUGGCCAUGAGAAUAGUGGAAGACCGACACAGAGUCCGUGGAACGACAGAGAGAGGAAAGAAUGGCGAUGUGGUCAGCCCUGGGACCGCAGGGAGUGUGUCAGGGCAGAUUCGCGAUUGCCGCGGCUUGGUGCCUGAGGUGGACGAUGGAGUGGAAAGGGUUGUGGGUGAGGUGAUUGCGGCAGAUGUAAAAAUGGUCUAUGUCUGCCCUGCGAAGCAUGAGAUUGACCGUGUAAACGAAGAUCCAGUGAAAGUGAAAUGCAAUGAAUGUGACAUCCACUACAAAAAAACAAAAAUGACCGUCCUCCUCGAGGGAACCAUUAUGAUUGAACGUGACCAUGGAAAGAAGUUCAAACUAAAUGACAGAAUUCUUAGGUCAUUCAUAGAUUGUGACUCUGUGGGAAUAAAUUUUAUUACUGAUCAACUACUUUAUUCAAAAACUGUCAGCUUGACAAUUAAGAAUAACGAGGUACUGCGUGCUGUGAGGGUGGGUGAUAUGGCCUAAAAUUCAUAUCACAAUAUGAAGUCCAUCCAUCCAUCCAUCAUCUACACCCGCUUAUCCUGGGCAGGGUCGCGCGGGAGCUGGAGCCUAUCCCAGCAUGCAUUGGGCAAGAGGCAGGAAUACACCCUGGACAG